AUGGCCAUGUCUCGCCCUUCGAACACAGCUUUAUUUUUUCUGAAUACUGCAGCCAUCACUCGCCGAGUACAAAGUAGCAGUGCUGCGCCACCUAAAACGAAGAACUACAUCGACACAAUCUCGGGAUACAAUGAGCUAUCUGCAUGCGCCGUGAACGUUCUCAGCACCGUCGUGCGGGAUGAAAACAGCGGCUGUCAAGAUACAUACGCUCUUACGAGCUACAGUUGUUUCUGCACCGAUAGCAGCUCGUUCUUCAGCAAUGUGAUCUCAAGGGACGUGGUUUCCGGUUGCAACUCAUCCAUUGCAAGCCCCCAGGCCACGAGCGCUCUGAGUGUCUUUGAUGCUUAUUGCGCGCUGGGCGUGGCCGCCGGCCUGGUAACAACUCAGAUCUCUCCCACUGAUGCUGGCUCCGCGUCACCAGCUGCGAGUGCCCCAACAACCUCGCCAACACAGACAUCCGGUUCUGCCUCAACUUCGCCUCCACAGGGCCAAUCGAGCAAUAUUGGAACAGCCAUUGGGGCCGGCGUCGGUGUGGCGGCCGGCCUCAUAGGGCUAGCUGUAGUAAUAUGGGUUAUUUUGGAGGAGGAGAUACCGCAAAGCUAA